GAGAUCACGGUGCCCAUGUGCAAGGGCAUCGGCUACAACCUGACCUACAUGCCCAACCAGUUCAACCACGACACGCAGGACGAGGCCGGGCUGGAGGUGCACCAGUUCUGGCCGCUGGUGGAGAUCCAGUGCUCGCCAGACCUGCGCUUCUUCCUCUGCAGCAUGUACACCCCCAUCUGCCUGCCAGACUACGCCAAGCCGCUGCCGCCCUGCCGCUCCGUCUGCGAGCGGGCCAAGGCCGGCUGCUCGCCCAUCAUGCAGCAGUACGGCUUUGCCUGGCCUGAGCGCAUGAGCUGCGACCGCCUGCCUGUGCUGGGCGACUCGGAGGUGCUGUGCAUGGGCUACAACCGCACGGAGGCCACCACCUCACCGCCUCUCGCCGGGAAGCCCACGCGCCCUGCCAAGGACACAGGCAAAAACCUGACGCCGCUGAGCGGGCAGCGCCCGUCGGGACCGGACUGCGGCCGGGCGUGCAAGUGCAGGGCACCCCUGGUGCCCAUCUUCAAGGAGUCGCAUCCGCUCUACAACCGCAUCCGCACGGGGCAGGUGCCCAACUGCGCCAUCCCCUGCUACCAGCCCUACUUCACCCAGGACGAGAAGACCUUUGCCACCUUCUGGAUUGGCCUCUGGUCCAUCCUCUGCUUCCUCUCCACCUCUACCACUGUGGCCACCUUCCUCAUCGACAUGGAGCGCUUCAAGUACCCCGAGCGCCCCAUCAUCUUCCUCUCUGCGUGCUACCUCUUCGUCUCCUUGGGCUACAUCGUGCGGCUGGUGGCAGGGCACGCCAGUGUGGCCUGCAACCCCGAGCACCAUCACGUCCACUACGAGACCACGGGCCCCGCGCUGUGCACUGUGGUCUUCCUCCUCCUCUACUUCUUUGGCAUGGCCAGCUCCAUCUGGUGGGUCAUCCUCUCCCUCACCUGGUUCCUGGCUGCUGGUAUGAAGUGGGGCAACGAGGCCAUUGCCAGCUACGCGCAGUACUUCCACCUGGCCGCCUGGCUCAUCCCCAGCGCCAAGUCCAUCGCUGUACUGGCCCUCAGCUCUGUGGACGGUGACCCGGUGGCUGGGGUUUGCUACGUGGGCAACCAGAGCCUGGAGAACCUGCGGGGCUUCGUGCUGGCGCCGCUGGUGGUUUAUCUCUUCACCGGCAGCCUCUUCCUGCUGGCCGGCUUCGUCUCGCUGUUUCGCAUCCGCAGCGUGAUCAAGCAGGGCGGCACCAAGACGGACAAGCUGGAGAAGCUGAUGAUCCGCAUUGGCAUCUUCACUGUGCUCUACACCGUGCCGGCCACCAUCGUCAUUGCCUGCUACAUCUACGAGCAGCACAACCGGGAGGCCUGGGAGCGGGCGCAGAACUGCUCUUGCCCGGGCGACCCCCACCGCCCCAAGCCCGACUACGCCAUCUUCAUGCUCAAGUACUUCAUGUGCCUUGUGGUGGGCAUCACCUCGGGUGUCUGGAUCUGGUCCGGCAAGACCCUGGAGUCCUGGAGGCGCUUCACGGCCCGCUGCUGCCGGGGCAGGAAGCCCGCGGGCGCCUCGGUGUGCGGCGAGGCGAGCCCGGCGCUGGCCGGCAGGACGGCGCUGCCCAGCCUGGCCCCCUACCACAAGCAGGUCCCGUUGUCCCACGUGUGAUGGGGGGAGCGCUGUCAGCCCCCCCGCUGGUGCCGGCAGGGGAGGGCUGGAGGGGCCCCGCGCCGGGGAGCAGGAG